AUGGAGGAUUCGUUGUACAAGGACUACGUGCAAAACGAAUACAGUGUGCCGCUCAGGGUAAGUUGAGAUGGGAAAAGAAAGGGCGAUUUGGGGAAGUUUUAGUAAUUUUAAGAUUAAAAACGUUCAAGGCGAGAUUUUUAAAAUUUUCGGCAUUAAAAUUAUUGCUGUUUUUUUUUAAAUAAAAAAUUUUUUUAAGGAAAUUUGAAAUUUUUAUUUUUGAAAAGAGACCAAAAAUCCUGUUAUUUGAUAUUAAAAAUCCCAAAGAAAUUCCUCGUUUUUGGAAAUCAUAAAAUUAAAUUUUUUAUCCAAAAAAUUCCAAAAAAUAAAAAAAAAAUUUUUUAGGAAAUUUUGAGAUUUUAUUUUUCUAGACAAAAAUCGUAUAAUUUUUACUUCCAGAAAAUUUUUAAACCCUAAAACAAAAAUUUUUAGUCUUAAAAAAUCCAAGAAAUAAAAAAAAUAGGAAAAAAAAUUUCCUUUGGUUUAUCAAAAAAUAUUUUUUUUACGAUUUUUCUGCUCCAUAAAUACCCUAAAAUUGAAAAAAAUAUUAUUUUUUAUUUUCAAAAUAAAAAAAAAACAUUUAAAAAAUAAAAAAUUUUUUUUUGGAAAUUUGGCAUUUUAUUUCUUUUAGAUCAAAAAUCGUAUAAUUAAACGCUAAAACAAAAAUUUUUAGUCUUAAAAAUUCCAAAAAUAAAAAAAAUUUAGGCAAAAAUUUUCUUUUGGUUUUUCCAAAAAAUAAUUUUUUACAAAUUUCUUACUCCAUAAAUACCCUAAAAUUGAAAAAAAAAUUAUUAUUAUUUAUUUUAAAAAUAAAAAAAAUUAAAAAAUCAGUUUUAUAAAGCUCACAAAAAUCUGAUGACUAAAAAUUUCCAAAAAUUCAUUUUUUUUUGGAGUAAUGAAUUUUCACACCACAAUUUUUCAGGGUCACCGCCAAUACAUUGCCUACAUUUACAUACUCUGUAAUUCCAUCGGGUUUCUUGUUAAUGGUUACGUAUUAUAUGUUGUUGGGCCAUUGUUAUUUGUUCAGACCGUCAAAGUGCCUAAAUCCAUCUUAUUUUAUAUCUUGACGCUGUGUGUUUCCGAUUUGAUGACUAUGAUUGGUAAGUGAAAAAAAUAGAUUUUCAAAAAAAAAUAAAAAAAUAAAAUUUUUUUUUUACUUUUUAAAUUUACCUCUCGUAUUUUACAGGUAUGCUAUUGCUAGUCACAGAAAUAGUGCUGAACACGUGGAAGUUCAGCGCGUUUGCUUGCACCACUUAUUUAUUAUUCGACAGUAUGAACAAAUUUAUGGCGCCAAUAAUCGUCGUCCUGAUUAGUCGGACGUGUUACGCGACGAUAUGCCUGGACAAGAGGAAACAGGAGCAUGCUGCGAGUUUGAGGGUGAGUAAAAGCAGAAAUCCUCAAAACACGAGGGCCAGGCCCUAACUAGCCGAUUUCCUGGCUGGGCAUUAUCAGUCUAUCGGGAAGCUGCGGCAGCAAUUGCAGUGGCGGACAUGGUCCAUUGGCAAAAAACGUACCAUUUUUUGGAUCUGGAAAGUAUCAAAAAUGUAGCAAAAUACCUCACUCUCCAAGUGAAAAAACUCGGAUUUCAAAAUAGCAAUUUUUGUAAGGGAAAGGGCGCGCAUUCCAAAACGGGGGUUUUUUUAUUGUAGUGGGAGGUAUUUUGCCACAUUUUGAUACUUGUGCGACGCUCAGAUUUUCUUUAAAUUUUGCACACACGUGGGGUAUGGACUAAAUAUCAAUUCCUGAAAGUUUUAGCUCGCGCUUUGCCGACGCCGCCGAGAUAUCGAACGAUUUUGGCCGCCGAUAGAGCACGCUAAACUUGGAGAGCGGUCAGAGAGAAAAGCGCUUUUUGGCCAUAGCUUUGGCAGUUUCGUGCGGAAAAUUUUGAUUUUUUGUAGAAAUAUUGCCCUUUACGGUAGAAAUAAGCACUAAACUUUUCGUGCCGAAAUUCGGCAAAAAGUCCUAAAUUUUGGCCGACUUUCGAUCUAAAAAUCUCGGUUGUUUCCGCAAAGCGCGAGCCAGGAUUCUCGCAUAUAUCUUAGAAAAAAUUAUUCUAAAUUUAUGCCAAGUUUCAUCAAGAUCUCAGCGUCGCACUUGGAGUACUGGAAAAGGAGGCCUUUUACAGGGAACGUAGAAAACUUACACAACCAAAUUUGAAUAAAUGAAGCUAGUUUCAAAGACCGCUAUUUUACCUCCUCUUAACUCUCCGCAUUUUCAGUGCGCAAUUCCCCAAAUCAUCGCUUCGAUCUCCGUGAUUUUAAUGCUCCUUUGGCCGGUGUUCGCCUACAGCAAGGUUUCCAUCGUCCCGGCGACAGUGAACCACUCCUCCAAGGAGCUGACAUAUCUCAAGAAAUGCGGGUUUCUGCCUCCACCGGAGAUCGAGAUCGGCUUCUCCGUGGUGGCGUGCAUGUUGUCUUAUGCCAUUCCGUUGUUCGGCAUCAUCUUUUGGUACAUGUCGGUGCCGCUGUUCCUUCGGAAACGGGCCGAGAAUACGAUGGCCAAAGGUGGAGCAAACGGAACGGCCGAUGUGGCCGUGCGGAAGGUGAUCACGACUGUUUUGGUGCUAACGAUUGUGUACGUUGUGUGCUGGACACCGUAUUGGAUUAGCCUGUUCUUGCAUCGAAUCUUCCCGGAUUUGCUGGCCUUCAGCAACAAGAAUAGUAAGUGAAUUGACGGUAGCUUGAAAGAGAGAGUUCUUUUGGGAGCGAGGAGCAAAUUUUGAUUAAAAUUAACGCCAAUUAAUACUGACAGACAUGUCAGUCUGCCGGGAAAAUAAUGAGCUCAAUGUCGCUGCGAAUAUCUCGUCGCUAAAGUGAAAAUGAAUUUUUUUACCACAAUUCAUUGUCUCGGUUGCGAUGCGAUUUUCCAUGCGCCAGAGUGCUCAUUAUUUCCCCGACAGACUGAUAAUUUAGCAGGGUUUACAUGACAGUUUUCCUGUACACUUUACAGGAGAAGUAUCCCAAGUGCGACGCUCAGAUUUUCUUUAAAAUUUGCACACCCUUCCGGCAUAGGUCACACUUCUAUUCCUGAAAAAAUUUAGCUCGCGCUUUGCAACCAAGAUAUUCAACAAUCUUUGCGCCCGAGAGAGUACACAAAACACGGAGAGCGGUCAGAGAAAAAACAACUUUUUUGGUCGUAUCUUUGCCAGUUUCGCACGGAAAAAAAAUGAUUUUUUGUGGAAAUAUUACCCUCUAGAGUAAAAAUAGCUAUGAAACUUUUCAAGCCAAAACUCAAAAAUAGUCGAUUUUUUUUCAAGUUUUAUAUAAAAAUCUCGGUCGUUCCUGGAAAGGGCAAGAUAAUAGUCUCGCAUAUGUCUUCAUAUGUCUUUGAGAAAAUUAUUCUAAGUUUGUGCCAAGUUUCAUCAAAAUCUGAGUGUUGCACUUGGAGCAAUUUCCCUGUACGCCCAAACCCAACCUGCAUUCAACGACAUCGUUCGACAGAAAGUUGAUUUUUGGGCUCUAUGUCAUCAAAAUCUGGGCGGCGAACUUGGAGUAUUUCCCUUGCCAUUUGCAAAAUUUAAAAUUUGAAUAUAAAAAAUUUCUCCUAAUAUUUCAAAACCCGAAUUUCUCCUCUUAAAAAUCCCUUUUUUCAGUUGUCUUCAUCUUCUACAUGGUGCACAUGCUCCCCUACAUUUCCUGCUGCGCCUAUCCUCUAAUCUUCACCGUGAUGAAUCGCGCCAUCCAGAAGGCGCAUGCAGAAGUGAUGAACUCGCAACGUCGUCGCUUCAAGUCCAUCACCGAAGACGUAACUCGUCAUAUUCGCGACGCCUUAAGGUGAGAUUACUCUCACUUAAUUGCUGACUAAUUCAUGUUCAGUUUCAGGAUCUGGAAUCGCGAUAAUCAUCUGUUUCCACGGAGUUCCAUCAGUGUGGCGACGUGCACAACAGCACAAAGAAUUGGGCUUGUAUCGCCAACGAUUUCGGCCAGAUCCAACCUGCGGCCUCAGGGCAGCUCGUUGAAUUUGCUGGCAUCGGCGAACUCGGUUUCGUUCUCCAAUUUGCACAUGGUCUCGGAAACAACCCCUUUGAAUCCAAGCCCGCCCACCUCGCCGAUUGUGAGGAUACCGGUGGACGAGGGCGAUGAAAGGAGCGAAACAUGUCUGUAG